AUGUCGACGCUAAACGCGAUCGGAGGUGCCAGGACGAAGGGCGCAAAGGUUGGCUUCGACGAUGAUUCCAAGGACCUAGGUGCGGGUAAACUGAUAGACAACUCCGUUCCGAGCGGCCCCGCGGGCGAGAUAUUCAGGCUCCAGACCCAGGCUGACGAGCUCACGCGACGCAUCGAGUUGGAGAAACGGCGAACGAAGGACGUCGAGUCCGGCAUCGAGCGCGUCCGCGCUAAGAUCAUCGAGCAGCGACGGGAGAUGGGAGGCGUCGACGCCGCGCAGGAGAAGAACACGCACAUCCAGCGUAACCUGAAGAUGCUCGAAAACAGGCUCGAUAAGGCCUUGGGCAAGUACAACGACGCCCUGGCGCACAACAAGCAACUGCGGGGCACCAUCGACAACCUUCGCAAGGAGCGCGUGCUCUUCGACGACAUAUACAAGAAGCUCGAGCACGAGCUCGCGGAGAAGAAAAACAGGAUGGGCGAGAUCAUCGAACGGUCCGAUAAGGCGUACGAGGCGCGGGAUAAGGCUGUGAGCGAGAUGGCGAAGCUCAAGCAGCAGGCGGACAAGGAGCAGCUCGCGUUUGAGAAGGAGUGGCGCGAGCUCACCAAGCUCAUCGAGCACGACAAGAAGAUGCGCGCGUUCAUGAAGAACAAGGCCAAGGCGCAGGGCGCCGUGGAGGAGGCCAGAUUAGCGGCGGAGGCUGACGAGGCUGAGCGCAAGCAGAAGAAGCGUGAGAUGGCGGGUAAGUGGGCGCAGGGCAAAUCCAAGGCUGACGCCAAAAAGUCGCACGCGCGGGUGCAGUCGUACCGCGAGGCGUUUAGACAGAUUCAGGAGGCGACCGGGAUCGGAGACGUCGAGGAGCUCGUCACGAGUUUCACGCAGGCGGAGGAUGAGAACUUCAGGCUGUUCAACUACGUCAACACGCUCAACGCGGAGAUUGAGCGGCUCGAGGAGCAGAUCUCGGAGUGCAAGAACGAGAUUGAAAAGUACAGAGGCUCCGGCGCCGCGUCUGACUCGCAGCGGCGCAAGCUGCUCAAGGACCUCGAGGACCGGCUCGCGCGCACCGAGGCCAAGGCCAAGUCCUACGACGGCAAGUACAAGAUCGCGACCGAGACGGUGGGCGCGCUGCGCGAGGGAAUCUGGAAGGUUUACAACAAGAUUGGCUGCAACACCCCGACCAACGCCGAGCUCCUCGGCGCCGACGGCGUCACCGACGGCAACAUGAUGCAGUACCUGGGCGUCAUCGAACAGCGAACGAACGAGAUUUUGCAGAUGUACGCCGCCUCCAUGAUGGCAGAGGGGGGUGCCGACAGGGCGGGCGACUACGACAGCUUCGUGCAGAUGACCAAGACGGGCCCGGAGAGCUCCGCCGGUCCGCGGGAGCUCAAGAUCGACGCGCCGAGCACCGAGGAUCCCGACGAUUUGGACGAGUCGGAUGAGGAUCCGGAGGAUAGGCCGCUGGACAGGGAGGAGCUGAGGCGGCGCGCGGCGAAACAGCUGGCGCGGCGGGAGAUUGGGGACGGGGCGACGGGUACGGUGGCGGACGCGAGGUCGGGCGCGAAGAAGGCGGGUGCCGGGGGCAAGGGAGCGGUCAAGCGGCGGUGA